AUGUCUCAAGUGAUGGAUUUGAUUGGUGUAAACGAGAAGAUUGUGAUGAAAAGAAGAAAAUUAAUGCUACUGAAUGAAUCACUAUUUAAGUUAAGUCUUCAGCUAAUCGGUAAUGAUUUAAAUAUGUUCCUCUUCGGUAGUCAAACAGAAGGAACAACAACUCUGGGAUUAAAUUCUGACACAGAUUGUCUUACGUCUCUGAACAAAUUUAAUGUCAUACAAGACUGGAGUGAAUGGGAAUAUGGUAAGUGUAAUUUGUUAAUGAUACAAGACGAGAAUGUCUCACCAGGAUAUUGCUUGUUACAAGCGUUAAGAGAUGAUGCGCCUCUACCACAAGUAGUUAAAUGUCAUGACUAUUUAUAUAGAGACAGAAUGGGGAGAAUAUUGUUAAAAAAUACAUUCUUUAAUGUUGUCCCUAAUGCUUAUGCAGUAAGACACGGCCCUGCUCAUACUACACCAGCUGUUCCUGGAGUCAAAGCUGGUGAUUUUGUUAUUGCCUUACCUUGUCAAUUAAGACCAGUUCAAGCACGGCAUUGGUUUAAUCAGCAUAGAGAGGAGCAUUGGCCUACAUAUGAUAUGAUACAGUACUGUAGAAACACGAAAUGUUUUGUUGUAGGCGUUGGAAAAACAGGAAGUGUAAAUGAAACAUUUGAAUGGAGAAUAUCAACAUCAGUUGCAGAGAGAUUUUUAAUGUUCAAUCUUAACAUAACACAAAUCAAAUGUUAUGUUUUGAUGAAAAUGAUUUUGAAAGCUUUUAUUACUCAAAUGUUCCCCAACAGCAUUACAAGUUUCAUGUGUAAAACCGUUUUGUUACAUUGUAUUUCAUAUACAAGAUCUGACGCAUGGAAGGAAAAUACCCUCUUUACUUGUCUAUCAUUUUGUUUAUCAACACUCUACAACUGUGUUCAAAAUGAAUACUGUCCUCAUUUCUUCAUCACACAAAAUAACUUGAUGACCGGGCGAUUUACUCCAGAAACAAAGCCGUUAAUACUUGAAACUCUUCGUUAUGUAAUCGAAAGUAAUGGAAGGGCAUUGUUCGAAAUUGAAUGCGACGACUUUGGUUUAUUUCUUCAGUCAAGUUUAAACGGUAUUAACCUAAUAGAUGCACAUUGUGUACCAACACAUAUUGCCGGACGGUUACUAAUAGAUACAGCCCUUGCUCAAGGCGUGCACUUCCAAUGUCUGUUACGUGAUAAUUACAAUUUAUCACCAAUACUUACGAUUAAAAAACUUUUAACAUUAAUGUCAAAUCACCACAAUGAGAAUUUCUCAAACAUAGAUAGAAAAGCUUACUGUUUGUUAACACGAUAUUUAUGUUGUACAAUUGGAUCUGUUCUAGCAUCUUUAAACAUUUACCAACAAGACCAAUUUAUAUACAGGAAGGCACUUUCAUUCAUGUCAUUAGGACUUGACUCCGAUGUAGCGUCUGGUAAACUGAAACUUGCAUCGGUCUUCUAUUGUACCGGAGAUAUGGAGAGGACUGAACUUAUCCUGAAAAAUAUUGAGGAGUGUUAUGAUCUAAGUGUUGUUGAACCAGUGUGUGGGUGUUACGAUUCCAAACAAUAUGCAAGAAGAGAAAUAUUCAACAGAUUAUGUUAUGAAUCAAAUGAAGAAUGGGCACUCCUAAAACACAUAACAGCAUCAUGUGUCUGUUACAUACGAUGUGAAAUAAACUGUUGCCCAUUCGAACUUCAACAUGAAAUGUUUAGAUCAACGCAGGAAGACUUUGUUCACAGAAGUGAAGAUGAUGAUUGGAUGGAUUUCGCUGCUGUUGAUUCUCUCCCUUACCUCUAUUUCUUGCAGUACAAGACAUAUUCCCGUCUAGGAAGACUCGAUGAUAAACAGAGGGCUCUCUCUAACAUUGCCAGAACAAUUGAUGUUGAACCAAAUCUCGGACAUAAGGAAACAGCACUCAAUCUUCUCGGCCAGUGUAUGGAACAAGAGAAUAAUUUAGACAAUGCUUUCAAAUGUUAUGCACGUUCCCUUCAGAUAAGAGGACGAAAUAAUUCGGCAAAAAUCAAUAUUUGUAAGCUGUUAAACAAAUUGAUUAAUAACUAG